AUGCCGGAUUUCGAUCAGUUGCCCUCCUUUUCGCAUAAGCAUCAACUAGACCUGUCAGCCGAUACACCUCAGCCAGAUGAGCAGACCAAGCAGGGACGGCCCAAAGGCUCGCGGAAGAAAGACCUCAACGACGAAGCGAAUAAGAAAAGGAGGUGUAUAUCGAGCGCGUGUGUGCCAUGUCGCAAGAGAAAGAGUAAAUGCGAUGGCUCGACGCCAGCGUGCUCGGCUUGCGCUGCAGUAUACCGGACAGAGUGUCGAUAUGAUCCAUCCUCUGAUCAUCGUCGCAAAGGCGUAUACAAACGCGAUAUCGACAAUCUAAAGACUCGAAACUCUACUCUACAGACUCUCAUACAGGCCAUCCUCAACUACCCUGAAGAUGAAGCGCACAGCCUCGUACGGCAGAUACGGACAUGUGAGAGUCUGGAUACUGUAGCGGACAGCAUACUGGCACGGGAAAAUGGACUUGAGGAAGAAGAGGAGGAGGAAGGGGAACCUGCGUCGCCGGAUGAGUACGUGGAGCCGACUUUCGAAUCGCAUCUGUCUGGGAAGAUGGGUGAUUUACUACUAGAGGACGGUACGAGGAGAUAUAUUGGAGGAACGUCUGUUCUACUUAACGUGGGUAUGGACUCGGAAUUUGACAACCAAUUUAUGGCACCUGCUCUGCAGGACCACUAUGCGUCUGGCAGUCCUGCGACAUCAUGGACAAACAUUACAUCUGAUGCGGAUUUGGUCACACAUCUCCUGAACAUGUAUUUUACGUGGCACUAUACCUUUUUUACGACUCUAUCUAAAAGUCUAUUCUACAGAGACUUCUUCCUGGGAAAGCCGCACCACUCUUCAACGCAGCAGCCCGAAUAUUGCUCUCCGCUACUGGUCAAUGCGAUGCUGGCGCUUGGUUGCCAUUUCACAUCUAUGCCAGGAGCAAGAGAGAAUAAAGAUGACUCUGCAACAUCCGGAGACCACUUCUUCCGCGAAGCGAAGCGCUUAUUGAUGGAAGGCGAUUUACAUGAGAAGCCACGCCUCUCAACAGUACAAGCACUAGCUUUGAUGUCAGUCCGAGAAGCCGGCUGUGGAAGAGAGGCAAAGGGAUGGGUCUACAGCGGUAUGAGCUUCCGGAUGGCGUGUGACUUGGGCCUGCAUCUCGACUCAGGGAGCAUGCCGUCAUCCAAGCAAUCUGAAGAAGCUGAAGACGCACGACGUAUCACGUUCUGGGGCUGCUUUCUGUUUGACAAAUGCUGGUCCAACUAUCUCGGCCGCCUGCCGCAGUUGACACGAAACAUCAUUACCGUACCCAAGUUUGAUGUCUUUCCAACCGAAGACGCGGAAACAUGGUCAGCCUACACAGACUCGGGGUAUAGCCAGGCACAUGCGCAGCCAUCGAGAACACGAGCUGUUGGAAGGCAAAUAUCAGCGUUGUGUGAGAUCAGUGCGGAUCUCAUAAAUAACUUCUACAACCCGACGGACAUAGACAAGUCGAAGAAUAAGCAGGCCGAGCUGAAGAAGUUGAGCGAUAUACACCAAAGACUAGAGACGUGGCGGAGAGAAUUGCCAAAAGAGCUUGAGCCUAAGGAAGGUGGCCUGCCAAGUAUGCUAGUGAUGCACAUGUUUUUCCAGCUCCUCUAUAUUCACCUCUUCCGUCCCUUUCUCAAAUACAAUCCUUCCUCAUCGCCUCUACCUGCACACGUCUCACCCCGUAAACUCUGUACCCAAGCCGCCGCUACAAUCUCUAAACUCCUCCGCCUGUACAAGCGUUCCCAUGGGCUACGCCAGAUUUGCAAUAUCGCUGUAUACAUCGCGCAUUCAGCGUGUACCAUCCACCUCCUCAAUCUGCCCGAUAAGAUCGCCCGCCGUGACAUCGUUCACGGUGUCAAGCAUCUGGAGGAAAUUGCCGAAGGCUGGUUAUGUGCGAGACGCGCCCUCGGCAUUUUGAAUAUAUUGGCGCAGAAAUGGAAAGUUGACCUCCCGGAAGACGCUGCGACCGUACUUGAGCGCGCAGAUAGUAAGUUUGGAUCCUACCAAGGCUCUCAUACAACGCCCACGACGAGUCCGCGCAGCCUGCAGGGUGUCAAUCCAGCCGAGCCUACCCAAGCCCCGUAUGCCAUGACCAGCAUUAGCAUGCACACAGUGCCGAAUUACUACACUAUAAACAACAGUAUGGGCUACACCACCGCCGGCGUCAAUCCGAACACAUAUGCAGACCCAUAUGCAACAACUCGUGCGCUCCCACCAAACACCGUCGCGAACUUCGCGCAGAUCCAACAAGCACGCCAAUUACUACAAGCAAGUCCCCGAUCCGGCCAACAUAUCACCCUCAGCAAUACUGCAGCAAGUAGUUCCCUCAGCACAACUGCAAACAGCACACCACCAACGACCACCGGCACGACGGGUGGUUCUCCUAGCGAGAUCUUCGGAGACCAGCAACUAGUACCGCGCAACGAAGACCAGUGGUAUUUGCGUGAUCAGAGCCAAUUAGCAAGUGGCUUUGGAAAUUGGGAUUUCGGUGACAGUUUUGGGAUUAGCAAUACUGGGAACCAUAUUGGUGGUGUAGCAAGCGCAUUCGGCGGUGGCCAGCAAGUUUUUUCGCAAGCAAAUGUAGCGAGUGGAGCAGGGCUUGCGGGCGUCCUUGGGAGCUUGGAGGGCUUGAAUGGCCUGGGCAAUGAUAAUGAGGCGGACUGGUAUCAGUAA